AUGGAAUCCGUACACGGAGUUGACGUCAGUUGGCUGCAUCAGCCAAACAGAGACCGAGCAGAACACCCUGAGCAUGAACCUGUCGUCCACAGGGCUCCCGGAGUCGUCGACGACGCCCCUCCACCCGUCUCGAAGCAUGCCCGUUCGCGCUCGUCCUCGCCCGUAGAGUCUAAGAAGGCGCCUCCACUUCCCUCGAAACCAACUUCUCCGCCAAAAGACACUACACCAGUUCAGCAGCAGUCUUCGAUCUCGACUGACUCGCCCAGCUCGGCGCCCAAGCCUGCCUCACGUCGGCCCAGUAUCCUCAGUCGCUCUUCUUCUCAACGAGAGGGCGCUGAUGGUACUAGAGGCUCACGCAGGAACUCAUGGAUUUCAAACAUCAGCUCCAAAUUCUCCUCGCAAGCUCCUCCGUCUCCGAGUGUUCCUCAGACCACAAAGUCUCAGGCUAACGGCACGAAUGCUGGUCCGUCGGCGCAAUCUGCGAGAGAGAACCUGGUCACGAGCCCCACACAGCCAACAUCCAAUCGUGAAGCCGAAGAACUGCAACCCUACGUUCCUCAGAGGCCAAAAGACUCCAACAGCUCCUUCUUCUCGAACCUUACUCGUCGCCUGUCUUCUGGCGCUCAAAACGUCGGUACCCCUCGCGCUGGUGAGAAUGGUGGCAUGUGCCCGCGCCGCGUUUUGAAUGUCAACCAAAAUCGCGAACGCUGCCUCCUUCCAGAACUCGAUUCUUCCAAGCUGCGACGCGUCGCCUUUUCGGUCGAUGUCGAGAUUGCCUCUGGACCGCGAUACAGAGACGACGAUGGAGAUGCUUCUUCGAAACAGAAGAAAGUCAACAAGAAAAUCAAGGAGCGUGGAGAAGGAGAGGCUCUGAAGCAUCCACAAGCAGAAACUGAGCGCAAAGAGCAGUCAGAUGCCGCUGCUGCAUCCUCUGGCAGCUCCAAUGCUGGUGCAGCUAGGCCCCCGGAGAAAGAUCUGGAGAACGACGACAAGGCUGCAGCCUUGGGAGACAACUUCGAUGCAUCGCUCGAGGAUGAUGCGCGUAAGGAACGGAAAGAGAAGAAGAGACAGAAGGCCGAAAACAACGGUCAACUACCUCGUGAGUUGGACGGUGAAGUUUCUCCAACGCAAGGUCCUUCGACCAAUGGAACCCCCAUCCCAUCGGGUGCAGCGACUCCUAAAGAUCGUCCGACUACCGAUCCUGUGAGAAUUUACAGAAGAUGUUGUCAACUGAGAGAAUCGCCUAUUCUCAAGCGUAUCACGGAACAACUUAUGGCAGAGGAUUGCACAUCACCCGAUGAUCCUGGCACUGUGACCCAACUCAACCUCACAGGGUCACGUCUUCAAUUGGCUGACUUUGUCACUCUAAGUGACUGGCUUGCAAUCGUCCCUGUGAAACGGUUGUUACUAGAAGAUGCCGACCUUAGUGAUGAGGGAUUGCGCGUCGUCUUGUCUGGUCUGCUUGCUUCAAAGAGGCCUCAGCCUACUAGGCGGCGAAACGGUGCUCGUCAGGUUCCUGCCAAACCUACGGGUGGAAUCGUGGAGAAGCUCACUCUCAAGAACAACCCGAGAAUCUCGAGAAUUGGCUGGAAGCAUAUCUCUAUCUUUCUGUACAUGUGCCGAUCGAUCAAGGCUCUCGAUGUUUCGAUGUUGCGUUUCCCUCAGGAUCUACCUCCUAGCGAGCCUGACGUCAACAUCAAGGCACCUAGCCAGAUGCCCAAGACGACUGGCAAAUCCGUCGAUGCUGCAGAGACAUUGUUCAAAGCACUUUCCGGGAGACUUGGCGGGUCACGUCUUGAAGAGAUCACCAUGGCAGAAUGUGGACUCGUGCCGUCUCAAAUUCGAAAAGUUGUCGAUGGUGCCACAGCUUGUGGCAUUGCCAGACUUGGGUUCGCCGGCAACAAGCUCGAUGAUGAAGGCUUUGAACAUGUUCUGCACUAUGUUCGAUCAGGUGUAUGUCAAGCUCUUGACUUGGGCAGCAAUGAUCUGAGGGGCAAGCUUGGUAAACUUGCCGAAGCCCUCUCACACAAUCCCAACUGCCCGGUCUGGGGCUUGAGUCUUGCUGGUUGCAGUCUGGACACGAACUCUCUAAAGGAAUUGCUACCGACUCUGACGACACUGCAAAACUUCCGCUUCAUCGACAUCAGUCAUAACAGAAGUUUAUUCGUAGGCGAUGCAUGUGCGCUUCAGCUGCUCAGAAAGUACCUACCCAAGCUGGAGAAUCUGAAGAGAUUGCAUCUCGUGGAUGUUGGUCUGUCAGUGAAACAGGCAAUUUCGUUGGCUGAGGUGCUGCCAGAGGGUGUCUCGCUUGCUCAUCUGACCAUCCUUGAGAAUCCUCAAAUAUCUGCGUUAUCUCAAGCGACUGACGAGGACAGCCAGGAGGAAGCUUGCGCCCUGUACGCUUCGCUCUGCGCCGCUGCACGAGUGUCGAAAUCGCUCGUGUGUAUUGAUGUCGAUGUUCCUGGUCCCGGCCAAAGCGAGGUAGUCAGAGCAUUGGCCAAGCAAAUCGUUGCAUACUGCCUGCGUAACAUGGACAGAACAAUGGCUUCAUCUUCUCUGCUUCCUGCAGCCACCAUGCUCUCCAAGCAACAUGGAGUCGAGGACGCGAGACAAGCACCAGUCCCCGAUGUGCUGGUCCAUCUCGUGGGACAUCUGGACGGGGACCGACUCUCUGAUGGUAGCGAUGACGAAACAGCACCAGACGAUGAUUACAUUGUUGGUGGCAAUGGUAUCAUCAAAGCACUAGAGUAUUUCCUUGGACAAGACAAGGCAGAAUCACGUCAUGGCAGCAUUUCACUAUCCGGAACCACGACGCCUCGAGAUAUUGGCGACCCAGCGCAAAGCGAAAACAAGAGGCGAGGAAAGGCCAAGGAGGUCAGCAGGAAUCUGCUUGACAGCGCUCGCAAGCUUCGCAACCGCCUGAAGCCAGCGUUGGCGAAGGAGUUUGCUGCUGGUGAUGAGAUGAACUACCGCCGUCUGCUCUUCCUCGAUCAGACGUUGAGCGGCAUGAUCGAACGAUUUGAGGACGAGUUCCCCGAAACCCGCCUCCAUCUGGACAUUCCACCACACCAACAAAACUUUUCUCUGUCUUCUUCGCUGGAGUCAACGGAAUCUGGACCGCUUUCAAAUGACUUCAUGGCCAGCUCUGCUACCACAUUUGGAACAGAGACUUCAGCGAUCGAGUCGGACCUUGACGAAGACGAGAUACACGCUGGCGGCUCUGGGCCGAUGAGGAGAAAGGCCAGCGAUGUCAGUCUGGCAUCUAGAGCACUUGCGAUUGAAGAAGGUCGCAUCCAUCGCAUGGGACACAAAGUGCGACAAGACCUUAUUGAUGUACCUAUCGCUGUGCAGCCUUCAGAAUCAGAUGCUCACGCCGAAUGGGCUCCCGGGUCGCAUAUGGCCGAAAUCGCGUCAAGAAUGGCCGACCUCUCGGGACCGGAACUGAAGGUAAUGGUCGAUCAAGGUGGAUGGGAAGGAGUUAUGGAGAAGAUGGGGGCCAAUCUGGAGGAGCUGCAGCAACUGCAGAUGAAGGAUCCUCAGGGAUGGGAACAGUUCAAGGAGAGUCAACUCACAGCGCGCGCCAACCGGGGUGCGCCGAUCUUCCUGUGA